GGGGUACCUCGCGAGAGUUGGGAGCGGAGGUUGGGGCCUAGCUUGCCGGAAGAAGGAAGCAGCCGCCGCCGUCGCUGCUCAGGGAGACCAUGGAUGAUACUUUGUUUCAGUUACGGUUUACAUCAAAACAGCUGGAGAGAUUGGCUAAGAAGGCAGAAAAGGAUUCCAAAGCUGAGCAAGCUAAAGUGAAGAAGGCUCUUCAACAAAAAAACAUUGAAGGAGCAAAGAUCUAUGCCGAAAAUGCAAUUAGAAAGAAAAAUGAAGGACUGAACUGGUUGCGAACAGCUUCCCGGGUAGAUGCUGUAGCAUCGAAGGUGCAGACAGCAGUCACGAUGAAAGGGGUUACAAAGAAUAUGGCGCGUGUAACACAAGGAUUGGAUAAGGCACUGAAAUCCAUGGAUUUGCAAAAGAUUUCUGCUGUAAUGGACAAAUUUGAGCAACAGGUUCAGAACCUUGAUGUCCACACUUCAGUGAUGGAGGACUCGAUGAGUUCUGCAAUGACACUGACCACUCCUCAAGAACAGGUUGAUAGCCUCAUCAUGCAGAUUGCAGAGGAAAAUGGGCUGGAGGUCAUGGACCAACUAAACCAACUUCCAGAAGGUGCAGCAUCCCUUGGUGAAUCCUCUGUACGUGAACAGGAUAAGGAAGACCAGCUUUCAAAAAGGUUGGCUGCUUUGAGGAAUUGAAAGUGGAGUUUGCUUCUAAUCCCAGCUGAUGGACUGUGUAUGACCCUGUGUCACUUUUGUACAAUGUGUAUAAUGGCCAAAAAUGUUUACUUUCAUUAUACAUACAUUAGUAUGAUUAACUACUUUCACUUUAAGCUCUUAUAAAAGCUAGUCUGAAUUUAAAAAUAUGUAUAUUAGAGGGUUAACUAUAGAUUCUCAUAGUCAUGACUUUUAUCACUGAAUCUGAAGUAAAACUUUCUGACAAGCCCUUUAUGCUUUUAUGUUAAUAUGAUGUACACACUCAAAUUAAUUUGUAGCUUGCUUCAGAACCAUACUGAAAGACUGCAAACUUGUCUUCAUUCUUGAUUCUGAGACCAUUCUGGUUUGGCUGAUCUUGGGGCAAUAUGCAGGAUAGGUGGCCACCUGAAGUUUUAUUAAGUGUUUCAGAGUUCUGGAAGGAUUUUGCUUUUUCAGAGUAUUGAUUUGCUGAAUUUUGCAUGUGUCUACCUGGACGGAAUGCUAUCUGAGGAUGAAAUAUUCUUCUAUCUUUACCUUAUGAAGUGAACUUGUAUCAGUUGGUAAACUCUUCCUGUAGGCUGCUGUUUCCAGUAAGGUGUGCUGACUUCUGUGCAACAAGCAAUUAGGUCAAAACAGUAGGAAAUGAGAUCUCUUUACCUUUUCUACAGUUGAGAAUAGAAUGAUGGCAUGCUUUAGCCACACAUGAUUUUGGUUCACAUAUAUUGUCAUAAACUCUGACAGCCAAUCGGCUGUCUCCUGUGAGUGGACCUAGAGUCUCUGAUAUCAUUUAUGGGAUGGGGAUUUGUUACCUUUGCUCUGCCAACUAAGCAAGAAUAAUGUUACAACUGCAACUGUAGAUGCAAUCAAGAAUUUGAAACAAUCUGGCCUUAUUUUAAAAAGUGCCUCUUUUGUGUGCCCUGGUUUUUUCUUAAAAUGAUAUUAAUUUGCAGAAAUUAGUUAUGCGACUACUCUGAAUUCAGUAAGCAGUUGAUUAUAACUUCAAGUAUGCUCACUGGAAUACAAGACAAUGUACAAAAUAUAUUUGUGUAUACCUUUCAAGUUGUACCUUGAACAUAUGCAGUUCGGACUUAUUGGAAUUAGACCAUUUAGACUAGGAGAAAGAAGGAUAGGACAUAAAGUCCUGAAUUGUGUUAGACUGUCAGUCUGAAUGUUCAGCAAGAUAAUAAGCACACAAUCACAAGUUUUGUAAUCGUGUAUUUGGGAAUUACCUUCAGAAGUUAAACUUUUUGGAAAUGCUCACUGUCAUGUGGAAGUUGCACAUUAUCGGUUAAAAUACUUCACUCCUCCAUGUAAAAUUUUGUCAUAAUUGCUUAGCAAUUUGUAUGAUUUAUGGUGUAGCCUUGAUUUUAAACUAAAGCCAAUUAUAGCACGUGGCCUAAAUUUUUAUCCAGGUGUGCUUUAACUAUUUCAGUAACCUUUAGAUUGCAAUGUAAUUAAAUUGAAAUGCAACCAAGUUCAUUCCAACACAAUUUUUGCCUCAUUAAUGAAAACAGCAGCAUUAGGUAUUCUGUAAUUCAGUGGUCUAUCAAAUUUAAACAAGGACUCCAUGCUAAUGCAGUGCACUCUACAUAUUCACAGGUUGUUGUUGAUUUUUUUUUUCUAUUUUUAGCUAUUUAGAUCAAAUGCCUGUAUGAUUCCUUAUCCAAAACAGGCUGCAGUUUUGAAAAUUUUAGGUGGUUAAAACAAUCAGGUAAUUUGUUCUGCAUUAUCACCAAACCCGUUUAAUAACACAUUAAUAUCUCAAAAUAGUGACACUGAAGUUGCUGCUCAUGUGCUAAAAAGUUCCCCCACAGCUUAAUUUAGCAAUUAAAGCCUUUAAAUUACUUACUUUCUUACAGUGGUGCCUGAAUGCUGCUAUAAACUAGAAUGUUCACAGACCAUGAAGAUUAGAGCUACAUGCUGAAAAAUACAGCGAGCUAGACUACCUAACUAUGAAAGUUGUUUUAAAAAUACUCAGCCAAAAUUUAUGAAAUAAACAUAAAUAUGGAAAGUUCUCAGAAGUUCAGGCAGCAUCAAUGGAGAAUUAGAACUAACAAGAGGUUGGUGACCUAAAAUGUUAAUACAUUUUCUUUAUGGAUUGCCAGUUGGUAUUUCUAGUAUUUUCUGUUUUCACUUCAGUUUUCAACAAAUGCAAUAUUUGGCUUGUGUGUGCUUUAAUUCAUUCUUGUAUUUUAAGUAUGUAAUAGCAAUAACAAUGUUUGCUGUUUAGAUUCUUUGAAACACUUGAAUAGGUGCCUGGAAAUGUUUUAUAUUCCUUUCGAAAUAAAUAUUUUCUGUUGCUAUACUGUGUGAUUGAUUUUAAUAUUUGUUUUAGUUGGGCUGUGACUUUUUUGUUUGGGUAAUGUGAUUAUUUAUAUGCAGAUUAAUG